ACCCACUCACGCAUCCUCACCAUAUCGCCACCCACAGCAUGCAGCGCGACGGCCUGCUGGCCUCGCUGGGGCCGCGGCCACUGUCCCUCUCGUCGCGCCUGCUGAAUCGCCACCCAACCCAGCUGGCACGGCAUGCGGUCAGCCAGCCUUCCUUCGCUCCGAUAAAGUCCCAAGCGACCGAGGCCCCCGUCGACCGCGUCGUUGCCAUCCCGCACAUCCUCGAGUCUAUCGUCGCCCACUCGACUCGCGCAACACAGGUCACUCUGCUCCGCGUAUGCCACGACUUUCACCGCAUGGCCGGCAAGCAAAUCUACCGUAUCAUCAAGAUCAACCAGCGCAACUUUCUCGACAUGAUGCACGGCGCGCUCAUCGGUACUGGGUCUAACGGCAAUGUGCCGACCGGCUGCACCGAGUUUGCGGCCGAGUUUCUCGACAUCCUCAAGCCCGACAUCCUCGCCGACCUGCACAAGCGGUUCCUGGAGGGAAGCAAGGUCGAGGACCUCGCGAUUGAUGUGGUGAUCGGCAAUAAGGAUCACAAAUACAAGCCCCGCGUGACAAACUUCAAGCGCUCGCUCUUCAAGCACACCGAGGUGCUCACCGUCGGCACUCACCACACGUGCUUCUGCGACCUCUUUCGCGAGUCGUUGACGACGCUCUUCCCCAACCUCCGCACACUGCGCAUCGCCCCGUCCAAGUCGGAAAGGCCGUUUGAACUGGCUCACACCUGCGACUCGCUCAGUCCAUGCCCCCUCCUCACCAACCUCAAGCCGCGUAAGAUCGUCGUCCGCAACCUAGAUGGCGGCGGCCUUCCAAUACCCGACAACUACAUCUGGGACGUGCCCGAUCUUGAAACUUUUGUGUGCUUCAUCCCUGUCGAUCAGCGCGAGUUCAACGACGGCCGCAUCUUCCUGUCGCUCAUCCCGCAUUUUGAGAGUGCCAAGUCGAUGAAGAUGGUGUUUUACGACAAGCACGAAGGCCCCGUGGGAGUCGACGAGCUCCUUCAGCGCACUGUGCUCGGCGGGAUGCCGGUCAACCCAGAUAUCAUCAUGACCCUCAUUGGUGCCGGGACCUCAAGUCACCGCUACGAGCGCAGCGACUUUGAUGGCCUCCCCCUCGACCACCACUUUGGCGACUUCGUCAGUACACUCAAAUCGCAUCGAGGCACGCCCGACCCUGCACCACGCAGACGCAAGUGCACGGUAUACGGCGUCGGAGCCCUCAACUUUGACCUGUCGGGCAGCACAUUUGUUCCCCUGUACCACAGGCUGUUUCCGUCCCACGCCAUCAACCGCAAGAAGGUCGUGGAGAUUGUCAAGAAGGAGGCGAUGAGCGAGGCGCUGUUCAAGGCCAGCGUUUACCCUUGGAUUCCGUUCGACAGGGCUGCUUGGGAGAAGGGCCAAGACUUUGUCACCUUCAAGUCUAUCACCGACUACAAGAAGGAAAAGUCGGCGCGCAGAGCAGAGAUCAACGCGGAGGACUAGGCCUGGAGCGGAAGGAUCUGUAGCAUAGGCGGACGACGACGACGGCAGCACUCAACACCACACACACACACCACUUGUAUGUACUCACACCACUCGGCGGGCACCUCACGGCCCCGCCAUUAAUGCAUUCAUCACCC